UUCUCAGAAGCCACAAGCCUCUCUUCCAUCUGGCAUAAGAGCAGUGUGAGACUGUGAGUUGAUCUUAGCAUUUUGCAAAGAUGUUAGGAGGAUUAGGAAUCUUUGACAAGAGUCAAAAGAUUAAGGGCACUGUAGUGUUGAUGCCCAAAAAUGUUUUGGACUUCAACGCCUUAACAUCCAUCCCUAAAGGGGGUAUUCCUGGCAUUGCCGGCAAUAUCUUCGGACUAGCCACCGAUGCUGCCGGCAAAGUAGUGGAUUUUUCCACUGCCAUCCUCAGCCGUAGCGUCGCCAUACAGUUGAUCAGUGCUACCAAGACUGAUGCAUCUGGAAAGGGAAAGGUUGGAAACCUAACCUACGUGGAUAAACACAUUCCCUCGUUACCAACCUUGGGAGCUAGGCAAGAAGCAUACAGCGUCUCCUUCGACUACGACGCCGAUUUCGGAAUCCCAGGAGCAUUCUACUUCAAAAACUUCACCCAGGACGAGUUCUUCUUCGUCAGUCUCACCCUCGAAGACAUUCCCAAUCACGGAACCAUUCACUUCGUCUGCAACUCCUGGGUUUACAACGCCAAAAACUACAAGAAGGAUCGCAUUUUCUUCACCAACGAUGCUUAUCUUCCAGGUUCAACACCAAAAGCUCUGGUUAAGUACAGAGAAGAAGAGUUGGAGAAUUUGAGAGGAGAUGGAUCAGGGGAACGCAAAGUGCAUGAAAGGAUCUAUGAUUAUGAUGUUUACAAUGAUUUGGGAAAUCCAGAUGGUGGUGACAAUUUGGCUCGCCCAACCCUUGGAGGCUCUGCCAAUUAUCCCUACCCUCGCAGGGUUAGAACUGGUAGACAACCAACCAGAAAAGAUCCUACAUGUGAGAAGCCUGCUGUGCAGUUGUAUGUGCCAAGAGAUGAAAAUUUUGGUCACUUGAAGUCAUCAGAUUUCCUUGGUUAUGGAAUAAAAUCUGUUUCUCAUGAUCUGAUACCUGCAUUUAAGUCUUUGAUCUUUGAUUUAAGUAUCACGAAAAGCGAGUUCGAUAGCUUCGAUGAGGUGCGUGAUCUCUUUGAAGGUGGAAUUUGGCUGCCUACGGAUUUGCUCCGCACAAUUAGCCCCUUACCGGUUCUCAGUGCGGUAUUGCCCAGUGAAGGUGAAAACGUGCUCACAUUUCCGAAACCUCAUGUUAUCCAAGUUAGCAAGUCUGCAUGGAUGACUGAUGAAGAAUUUGGAAGAGAGAUGAUUGCUGGAGUAAAUCCUAAUGUGAUUUGCCGUCUCCAAGAGUUCCCACCACGAAGCAACCUUGAUGUCGCUAUCUAUGGCGAUCGAACUAGUAGAAUAACAAAAGAAAACUUGGAGAUUAACCUUGGGGGGCUCACAGUAGAGGAGGCACUUGGUGCUCAGAGAUUGUUCAUACUAGAUUACCAUGAUGUGUUCCUGCCUUAUGUGGAGAGGAUAAACAAAAUUAAAAAGGCUUAUGCCACCAGGACAAUCCUAUUCUUGAAAGAUGAUGGGGCUUUAACACCACUUGCCAUCGAGUUGAGUCUUCCUGAUUCAGAAAGCAAAGUAAUCUUGCCUGCAAAUGAAGGGGUUGAGAGUACUAUUUGGCUAUUGGCUAAGGCUUAUGUAAUUGUAAAUGACUCUUGCUAUCAUCAGCUCAUGAGCCAUUGGUUAAAUACUCAUGCAGUGAUGGAGCCAUUUGUCAUAGCAACAAAUAGACAUCUCAGUGUCCUUCACCCUAUUUAUAAGCUUUUACAUCCUCAUUACCGUGACACAAUAAAUAUAAAUGGACUUGCUCGAGAGUCCUUGAUUAAUGCAGGUGGCAUUAUAGAACAGUCGUUUUGCCCCGGACCUAAUUCCAUAGAGAUGUCUUCAGCAGUUUACAAGGAUUGGGUCUUUACUGACCAAGCAUUACCAGCUGAUCUUAUUAAGAGAGGAAUGGCUGUUGAGGAUCCCUCUGCCCCCCAUGGUGUUCGCCUUGUUGUAGAGGACUACCCUUAUGCUGUUGAUGGACUAGAGAUUUGGGAUGCUAUUACGAAGUGGGUUCAAGAGUAUGUCUCUUUAUAUUACCCAACAGAUGAUGCAGUUAAGAAAGACACUGAGCUACAAACUUGGUGGAAAGAAGUUGUGCAAAGAGGUCAUGCUGACUUGAGCGACAAGCCAUGGUGGCCUAAGAUGCAAACUCUUCAAGAGUUGAUUAAAUCCUGCUCUAUUAUCAUAUGGACUGCUUCGGCUCUUCACGCUGCUGUUAAUUUUGGACAAUAUCCAUAUGGAGGUUUAAUCAUUAACCGUCCAACAAUCAGCAGAAGAUUGAUCCCAGAACCAGGAACUCCAGAGUAUGAUGAGAUGGUGAAAAGUCCUCAAAAGGCUUACUUAAGAACCAUUACGCCAAAGUAUGAGACUCUUAUUGAUCUUACUGUGAUAGAGAUAUUGUCUAGGCAUGCUUCUGAUGAGAUCUACCUUGGGGAGAGGGAGAAUCCAGAAUGGACAUCUGAUACAAAGGCAAAACAAGCCUUCCAAAAGUUUGGAAGCAAGCUGGCAGAGAUUGAAGCAAAAAUCAAUGGGAGGAACAAUGAUUCAAGUUUGAAAAACCGAUUUGGGCCAGCUCAACUGCCCUACACUCUGCUCCUUCGUUCCAGUAAGGAAGGGUUAACUUUCAGAGGAAUUCCCAACAGCAUCUCUAUUUAGAAGACUAUGUGGCUUGGCUUCCUUAUCUAUUGCACUUCCUUAUAAUAGGGACGAUGCUUCUCUAUGAAUAAAUAUUUGUCUGUGUAUGUUUGUACUCUGUGGAAGCUCCAUUAAUAUGGUUUUCAUAUAAUAAAGUGUGUUUCUGA